AUGCUAACAAACAGGGGCGUAGCCAGGGUACUCUUGCCCUGGGCAGCUGCCCAGGGCAAGAAAACGGCCGGCUCUUUACAUCCCAGCUCCUACUUCUCCGUCGGUUGGCCAGCCCUCUACGCCUCCGUUCUCUACGGCGGCGUCUUCGGCCUCCUCUCCAUGGGCGCCACCCUCUCCGUCGCUGUUCCGGCCACGGUGGUGAUCUGGAUCACCGUCCUCAUGUUGCUCGUCUUCGCGUGGAAACCAAGGAGGACGCUGGUGAUGGAGGUUUCCAGCGGCGCCGUCACCGCCGUUAAGUACCGGCUCCCCGAUGAGGAUCUUGACGCCUUGAUCUCGAUCUCGUCGCAGGAGGAUCUCGAUAACAUGAUGGAGGAGUUCGAUCGGUUAAAUGAGACCGUGGCCGAUGGAUCUGCGCGGAUUCGGAUGUUUCUGGAAUCCGCGGACUCGAGCGAGGUGAUGGAUUCUGGCCAUGGCGAGAGUUAUAUCGACGCCGUGAACGGAAUUGAUCUCAGGAGAAAGGAAGGUAUGAGUCCUUCGGUCCUUUCUACUAGUUUUGGCUCCAUUGAUCAAGAUCCGUCGAGGUUGAGGUUUUCCCCUGACGAAACCCUAGUUUCUCGUCGGUUGAAUGGUAAUUUUGUUAAUAUUCUGGGUUCUGAGACUUAUGGCUGUCCUCUUUUACUUAAUGCUGCUUCUAUGGUCUCGGUUGGGGAUAAUUUUAGACCGGUACAGGAUAAAAUGGAGCCUUUAGCUGUUGUUGAGAGUAAUUUGAAGUCUGAUAAGCGAAAGGUUGAGGGCUUUGUGGAGGAUAACCUCUGUAGAUAUGAUCAGAAUCAGAAUGAUAAUAAUGGCACUGGUGGUAAUGGUAAUAAUAACAAUAGUAAGAGUUUACAUCAUCAGCCUUUAAGCGAGAUGCCUCCACUGCACCCAAUUCAUAUUCAGCAAAUGCCUAGCAUGAUUUUUCGGACAGUGAGAUUGAAUGAUUGUCAAAUGAGUCAGGAACCUUUAUUACAUGCACAUGCUAAUACUCUAGUAAAUGAGCAGAGAAAUGGGAAUGGGUUAGGAAGUAAUGCCGUUCAUGAGACUAGGACAGUGCUCCAGAGCUAUCAUUCUGAGGACCCAAUGAGGCUGCAGGCUUCACUGAAGCCAGAGAACUUGGUGGAGACCAAAGUCGAGACAGCUACUGUUGCAGGUAAUCUGUCAUCACCUCGUCGCGAGAAUGGGAGGGUUAUUCAUCCGAAUGUAGAAGCUUUAGAUCAUGCGAAGGUUUCACAUCAAGUGGGAGUAAUGGGAGUGGCUGACCCAACUCGGAGGCAUUCUCCACCCAAGAUUGUUAAUGGAGUCGCGGCGGAUAGUGUACCUAAGGUCGAGACAUUACCCACAGAGAGUCAGUUUGGAACCAAUCGGUUCACUCAAGAUACAUUGCAUCCCCAUGAGAAAGAGAGCGUAGUGCAUCCAAACAUAGAAGUUCUUGAUUCUGCAAAAGUUUUGAUUCCCCAUAACACAGUUAGUGGAACCUUGACAAAAAACAUGGUGGAACCCAAAGUCGACAACAUGGCUGCUUCAUCUGAGUUGGUGGCCCAUGGAUACCCCCAAGUUCUCAAACCGCCACAAUCACAUGACAACGAGAGAGCUUGUGAUCCUACUAAAGUUUUGAUUCCCCAUAACGCAGGUAGCGGAGCCUUGACAGAAAACAUGGUGGAAACCAAGGGUCAGUUUGGAGCCAGUGGGUUCACCCACGAUAUAUCACAUCCCCUUGAGAAAGAGAGGCUAGUGCAUCCAAAAGUAGAAGCUCUUGAUCCUACUAAAGUUUUGGUUCCCAAUAACGCAAUCUCUGGAGCCUUGACAGUGAACAUGGUGGAACCCAAGGCCGAUAGCAUGGCCGCUUCAUCUCAAUUUGUGAACUAUGGAUACAGCCAAUUUCCCAAGCAGUCACAACUGCAUGACGAUGAUAGACUUCUAGUUAAUCCAAAUGUGCCAACUGCGGUUGGGUUGCCUGUUGACACACAAACAUCUUAUGCAGGGGCCGCUAAUCUUCCACUAUCCCAUUUUCCUGAUCCUUUUCAGCCAUUGAUGCAGAAUAUGGCACCACAUAAUCAUCUGGUUAAGCAAGAUCCGGUUACUAAUCAAAAUUUUAGCAUAGUCAAGAAUGGAAAGUUCCAUGCGGCUGCACUUCCAAAUGGAGGUUCUCCACCAGAAACGCAUGACAAUGUUAAACCUAUAAAUGGUAUGAUGGAGAGUCUCCAUGUUAGUACAUCUGGACCUUCAGAGGCCUCCAAUGGAAAUUUUAGCAUAGUCAAGAAUGGAAAUCUCCCUGCAGCUGCACCUUCAAAUGGAGUUUCUCCUCCAGAAACACUUGAAAAUGUUAGACCUAUAAGUGGCAUGAUAGUGAGUACAUCUAAACCUUCAGAGAUCACAGAGCAUCCCAGAACAGAAGCCACAGUUGAUCGUGGUGUCCCUGUACUAAAGCGUGAGAACUCAUUGGUAACAGAGAACACUCAUGCGACCAAAUCGCAAGUUGAAGGGAAUCCAGUGUUUCUUGGUAAUUCUUACAUGAUGCCUGCAGUUUUUCCCAAUGGAAACUCUUUUAGACCAGUAACUCAUCUCCCACCUCCCUCCAUGGAUUUAAAGCCUGGACACCAUUCACUUGCUGCAUAUAACAAUCAAGGAUUCAGGUUACAAGCUGGAGGCGAUGCAGUUUAUCUUGGGAAUGCCUUUAUUGAUGCUGGACUUGUUCCACAGAGAAACUCUGUUCGACUAACCAGUCAGAUGCCACCCUCCUCAAUGGUCUUUACGCACUUGCAGUCUCUGCAGUCUUCUGAUACCAGCCAGGCAUCAACUGUUAUGGCUAAUCAUGGACCUUUGAUAUCUUAUAAUCAAGAAAUGGUGGUUCGCUCAGACAUUCAAAAUGAACGAUUGUUUCUGGUGCCAGCAUACUCUUAUGGCAUUACUCCUGCCUACGAUAAUAACGAUUCUGUCAAUAUGGUGCCUGUUGGAGGCCAGAAAUAUGAGGCUUCUUUGUUCCAUCUUAAGGAUCCACUCAACAACAUAGCUGUCCCUCUAAAUGGUACUGUUAUAAGUCAAAUUUCAAAUUCUGGUGACAGCAGUGGCCAUGUAGAACAGUUUCAAGGGCCAGUCCCAUCGAACUCAUUAUUCUGCAACCAGGAUCCUCGAAAUAUUCUGGGGGAUAUGCACCUACUGCUCCCAAGUAUUAGCAAAAUGCCUAGCCAAGAAUCCAUUUCCCCUAAGGAUCUGUGCACUGAGAAUCCUUUGGUAACUAGCAAAGGUUCAGAACUAGCUAUGGUUGCAGAAGACGGAUUUGACCACCUACAAAGUUCCAAAAACAAGGACCUGAUCACGGAGUCAGUACGGCACAAACAAGGAGAGGAUCACAAUAAACAAGAAGUUCAAGGUUUACCUGAGCAAGCAUUUGCAGCAGUGUUUGAGCCCUCUGUACCUCCUACAUCUGUCACUUCUCCACACAAGAUACCAGAAUCUGUUCAUCCAUCCAACAGAGAAACUGUAUUUGGUGAGAUAAAUACACUCGUACAGAGUGCGGCGACAGCAUCUGAUCAGAAAGGCAUAACGAACAAACAAGCAGAUAAGGUGAAUUUCGGUUUUCCGUUAACAGAUGAAAUUGGACACCUUCAGAUAAUAAAGAACAGUGACCUCGAAGAGCUACGAGAACUGGGUUCAGGAACAUUUGGAACUGUGUAUCACGGGAAAUGGAGGGGUUCGGAUGUUGCAAUAAAAAGGAUAAAUGACAGAUGUUUUGCUGGGAAACCAGCAGAGGAAGAACGCAUGAGGGCUGACUUCUGGAAUGAGGCUAUCAAGCUUGCUGAUUUGCACCACCCAAAUGUUGUGGCAUUCUAUGGAGUUGUUCUAGAUGGACCCGGUGGUUCUUUUGCUACAGUAACUGAAUUCAUGGUUAACGGUUCUCUCCGACGUGCUCUACAAAAAAAUCACAAGUUACUUGAUAAUGGGAAACGCCUUCUCAUUGCAAUGGAUGUGGCCUUUGGGAUGGAGUACUUGCAUGGUAAAAAUAUUAUACACUUCGACUUGAAAAGUGACAAUUUGCUUGUCAACUUGAGGGAUGCUCAACGUCCAAUAUGCAAGGUAGCUGAUCUUGGCCUUUCCAAAGUGAAAUGCCAGACUCUAAUUUCUGGUGGUGUGCGAGGAACACUUCCCUGGAUGGCUCCUGAGCUUCUAAAUGGCGGUAGCAAUCUGGUCUCUGAUAAGGUUGAUGUGUUCUCUUUUGCCAUUGUGAUGUGGGAGCUUCUCACUGGAGAGGAACCAUAUGCUGAUCUGCAUUAUGGAGCCAUAAUAGGUGGGAUUGUGAGCAAUACCCUGCGGCCUCCAAUUCCUGAAGCUUGUGAUCCUGAGUGGAGAUCCUUGAUGGAGCAAUGCUGGGCAGCUGAGCCAUCUGAGAGGCCAAACUUCUCAGAUAUUGCAAAUAGGUUGCGAUCUAUGGCAGCUUCUCUUCCCCAGAAAUUAUAAAAACCCAUGCGCGUUGAUUAAGCGACGUCUCGAUAGGGAUGCUCUUUUAACCUUUCCGUGUCCUUUGGGCUCAAGAGAGACCGGUUGUACUCGCAUAGGAUGCAAAGAGGAGAAUUGUGACCUAUCACUUGUGAAUAGAAGUAAUAUUUUGUUCUCUUGAUUUCAUUUUACUUUAAAGAUUGCAGUGUAUUUGCUUUUUUGUUCUGUGGUAGAAUACAAUGUAGUUGAGUGAAUAAAAGAUGACAGGCUCAUAACGCUCUCA